CUGAAAAAUGAGACCAGAAUAUAAAAUAAGACCAGAAUUAUUUAGCAAGCAUAUAGAAACUUUUGUAUCUAUGUAUAUAUAAAGGAUGACGGUUACAAUAGGAAUAGCAAAAUUUACAAGAUGAUGAAAACGGAGAUGCACUUUGUGCACAUACUUUUCUUAUUAAUUAUUUCUCCAUUAGUUUGUGUUAAUAGUGAGCACUUUGUGUUGAUUCAUGGCGGAAGCCAUGGUGCAUGGUGUUGGUAUAAGGUUGCAACUAUGCUUAAAUCAGCUGGUCAUAAUGUUACAACGGUUGAAUUGUCUGCUUCUGGUAUCAAUCCAAUACAGGUUCAAGAUAUUCAUUCAAUUUCAACAUAUUAUGAACCUUUGAUGACAUUCAUGGAGUCUCUUCCUUCAAAUGAAAAAGUGAUUCUCGUUGGUCACAGUCUUGGUGGGGUGUCUACAUCUGUUGCAAUGGAAAAAUUUCCACACAAAAUUUCAGUUGCAGUUUUUGUUACUGCUUAUGUGCUUAGUCAAAAUCUCACAUACCCUGCUAUUCUUCAAGAGCAAGCCAAGAGGAACAUUUCUUUAAUGGACACACAAUUUUUCUUUUUUGAUGGACCCAACAAACCUGCUACUGCUAGAAUGGUUGGACCAAAAUUCAUGGCAUCAAGGAUGUAUCAGUUAUCACCACCUGAGGAUUUGACCCUUGCAUUGUCCCUGGUGAGACCUGUGCCAAUUUAUAAAGAUGUUGAAUUAUUGAAGACUGAAACUGCAGUUACCAAUGAUAGAAAUGGAAGAGUACCUAAAAUUUUUAUUAUCAGCAAAAGUGACAAUUUAGUAACUGAAGAUCUACAAAAGUGGAUGAUUGAGAGAAGUGGCCCAUUUGCUGAGGUGAAAGUGAUUAAGGAUUCUGAUCACAUGGUCGUGUUCUCCAAACCAAACAAGCUUACUUCUAUCCUUCUAAAGAUUGCCCAAAAAUUCUAAUCCUUUAAUUAAUAAUGAUAUAUGGUAUUCGUGCCUACCAUGUCCCAAAACACUUGUGUGUAUGGAUGGCAUUAUAUUUCUAUUUUCAAUUAUGAUUGUGAAUUCCAUUGAAUAAGAAAAAUUAGAGUCGCAUCUUGUUUGUUACUUCAUUAUAUUUAGUUCAUUAAUCUCAAGAUUUCUAUUACUAAUUUUUUCAAAUCUACCUCUAUCUCUAAUCAUUCGACUACGCAAUGUUGAAUCUACUUUCCU